AUGGAAUUGUGUGGGAUAUGCCAUUGGAAGAUUUCUGUUAAACAUGAGACCCGAUGUGGGCAGAGUUUCUGCUAUCUGUGCAUCAAAAGGCAUUUGAAGUCUGAUGACAGAUGUCCUGGAUGCAGAAGAAGGAGUUGUGUGACAGAUGUCCUUAGAUGUAGAGAAGACAAUGAAAGAUUUGGAGGAAACGACCUCGAGAUCCUUAAUAGUCUUUGUCGAUUGAAGAGAUACAUAAAGGAAGAGGCAAAGGAAUGUAAAGAUUGA